UACAGUCUGAGUACCUGGGGUCUUUACGGGACCUAUCCGGAAGUGUGUGUGUACGCGCGUGUACUCGUUUAGCGGCAAGAUGGUGGCCACCAGGAGAGGAACACGCGGGAGUUCACCACCGAGAAGCACGAGCGAUGAAGCCGCAGGGACUCCGGUAUCUACCACCAGAAGAACAAGAAAUAGAACAGUGAUCGUGGCAACACCGUCCCAAUCCAAACAGACCACUGACUCCCAGCAGGAUGAAGCAGAAGAGCGGAACAGGGCUCCAGCUGAACCAGCAAGCUCAACAAAGCGGGAAACGAGAGGUUCUAAAUGUCUUCCCACAGCCAAACAAACAGAAUCCACAAAUGAAGCAGAUGUUUCUGAAUCCGAGUCUUGUUGUUCGGUGGCAUCGGAUAUCCAGCUAACCUCUCGGAGCAAAAGGAGAACAACAGUCCAUAGGAAACCAAAAGCUGUGGCUGAGCAGGAGGCUGAAUCUAGUUCUCCAUCAUUGGGUAAAAUACUGCGCAGAUCCACAAGAGGUCCGAAGAAAACUUUUCCCACUUUAGAGUCCACCACUUCUCAGGAAGAUGAGCACUCUGAGGCUGAAUCGUGCAGCUCCAUGGCAUCUCUGUCUACAAGGGUCAUUAAAGGCCUCAGGAAGCCUGUUGUUGCUCUUGAAGAUGUGGCUCACUCAAAGUCAGAUUCUGGCUCUUCUGUAGUGUCUGUUCCACAGGGAUCCACUGUCCGUAGGUCCACACGCAGCAGAGUGAAAGUCACUGAGCCGAUCCCAAUCAACUUGAAGGAAAGUGAAACUGCAGAGGCCUCUGCUACUUUUGAGCCUAGGAGAACAAGGGGUCACAGAAGCAAAGCAACAUCUGCUGAAGAAAGCCAACCUUAUGAUUCUGAGGGAUGCCAGUCUGGCCCCAGCUUAAGUCCUAGACGAACAACUCGUAGUCGGGUAGCCGAUUCUGAUUCCGAAUCCUUCUCGACUGCAUACACUUCUCUUGAAAGUCCAUGUUCUACUCGGGAGAGGGGAACCCCUUGUAGUAGCCGAACUGGUUCAGCUAGCAGCAACCGUGCUGUCCGAGUAUCUAGCUCAAGAAAUGUCAGGGUCACAUUAGAUAUGGUCUCCGAAAGUGUCAAAAAGGGCUGUAAAGUGAAUGAACCCGAGGCAGACCUAAGUGAAACUACAGAAGAUAUUCUUCCUUCCCUGUCUGUAAGCACAUCCAAGCCUGACAUGGAGGAUAUAGUGGAGAUUGAGGAGGACCCAAAUAAUAAAACAGUAAUUGUUGUAGACAACGAAAGUUCUAUUGUUGAGGACAAUAAUGGGGAUUCUACUCUCAUUUUUGAUGAGGGUAAGGCUGAAGAGGUUGAAUCUGAGAACAGACAAGGCAUUUCUGAAACUAAAAAGGAUAUUGGAGAAUGUCAGGAGAUUUCAGAUGGAACCAUGGAAACACACGAGGAAGCACAUUCCUCUCCCUCAAAUGUUAAAAAGUAUUUAAGUUCAUCAGUCAUAAUCAAAAAGAGUGUCACAGGACCUAAGGAGGAUCAGUCAGGCCUCACAAUAGAGCUGGGUUUUGAGGAUCAGUUAAGUUCUGAUCCAGCCAAACAUGAAGAAAAUCUCAAAGUCCUUGGUGAACCUAAGGAAAAUCUAAAAGCAGCUAAGAUGAUGACUGACAUGGCGGUUGAGCAUAAUGCCAUUACAGAUCAGCAUGGAACUUCAGAGAAAGGUGUAAUGGAAGAUGUGAUUAACAAGACAGGACCUUCAUCAAGCUCAGAAGCAUCUAAGAUGAGAGUUGAGAAGAACAAGCCUGUGAUGGCUUGUAUCAGCUUGCUGGACAGCAGUGAAGAUGAGGAGAGUGAUAAUGACGCACUAGUAGAUGGAGGUAAUGACAAGGCUGGGGACUUGGAGAGUGAGGAUGAUAUGUCCUGUUCUGAGGAUCAGCCAGGCCCCUCCGCUGCACCAGACACGCUCACAGGUAAUGGGCUGUUUGUAAUUGAUGCACGUCCUGGAUGUCUUCCCAGCGAGAAGUAUUACAUUGAGACUACACAGAAUGAAGAUGCCCCCAAAGCUGCCCCGGACGAAGAGGAUUUUGUUGAUGAGGAGGGUGAUGAUGAUGAUGAGGAAGAUGAGGACUCAAAAGUACUCUUUACUACUAGAAAGCCAGCACGGAAUGAAUUAUCCAGUUCUAUUGAUCCAGGGUUGAAAGUAAAGGCUCUUGGUGGAUUGUAUAUCAACUUUGAUGGCAGCAAAUCCAAAUCUGUCUCUGACAACCUGAAAAGGCUGAAAGAUCAGAAGAAUCAGAAUGAGUUGCUGAAGAAGAGUGUGAUUGUUGCAGACUUUGAAAAGAAAGAUACCGUGCCACCGUACAGGGAAUCCAAACAUGCUGCUAAAUUAAAGCGCAGGGAGGAGAGAGCCAAGACCUCAGGAGAUGGCUGGUUCAACAUGAGAGCUCCUGAAUUAACAGACGAGCUGAAGAACGAUCUCAAGGCUUUACAGAUGCGUUCAGCCAUGGACCCAAAGCGCUUUUACAAGAAGAACGACAGAGAAGGAUUUCCUAAAUACUUUCAAGUUGGAACAGUGGUUGAUAACCCCAUAGACUUCUACCAUUCCCGAAUUCCUAAGAAUCAAAGGAAGAGGACUGUUGUGGAGGAAUUGCUUUCUGAUGCAGAGUUCAGAAGUUUUAACAAGAGGAAGUAUAAAGAGAUCAUGGCAGAAAAAGCAGCAGCAGCAGCUGGAAAGAUGAACAAAAAGAAGCAUAAAUUUCUUAAAAAGAAAUGAUAAGCUUGACUAGUGCCACUGGGUUGGAGGAAGCGACAAAGACACUUCUCAUUUAAAACCUCGGUCUGAUCACCAAUAAAUCAUGUAAACCA